CAGAUAUAUAUACACAUAUAUAUUUAUGAAUAAAGCAAGCCCCUUGAUUUGUUAUUUUCUCUCAGGUUCCUCAGACCUUUCCCCUUCCCUCUUUCAAACCUCAAUGCAGUCUUCUUCCUGCUUCCCACUCAUCAUUUUCAACCUCCUCUCUCUCUAGCUUUCAUCUUCAAGCAAAGGACGAGAGCUCCACAUCUCAAAUGACUUCUACGAAUAACUGGCUGGGCUUCUCUCUCUCUCCUCAGGAGCACUCCCUCUCCACCGAGGAAGCAGACUGCUACGGUUCCAACUCAAGCCUGAGGCCUGAUGGCUCCUUCUCCAUCCUUGAAGCCUUCAACCGCGCACCUAACGAUUGGAGUAUGAAGAGUUUGGACUUUAAAGGGAGCACUUCAGAGCUGUCUAUGAUAGUGGACUCGAGCGGCGGCAAGUGUGGAAAUAUGGAUGAAGUUGUUGUGGAGGAGCCAAAGCUUGAAGAUUUUCUCGGCAGCGGAGGCAGCGGCGGGCCGCCCCCUUUCUCUGACCACGAGCCGAGGAUCGGAUCCAUUGUUGGGGAUCAUUACUUGUAUUCAAACUGCUCGCUACAAGUUCCAGGAGUUGCAUCUACCAGUGGUGGAGGGAAUGGUUCUAUUGGGCUGUCAAUGAUCAAGACGUGGUUGAGAAACCAGCCGACUCCAUCGGGGUCCAUGAUGGAGAGCAAGGAAGAAGGAGAAGAUGUUGGAAUCAGAGGGAGAGGCGGACCAUCACAGAGCCUGGCGUUGUCGAUGAGCACUGGUUCGCAGCCCACUUCAGCUUUGCAGCUAGUGGCGGCGGAAAUGGCCGGCGGUGGCGAUUGUGGAGGUGAGAGCUUGUUGUUGGAGAAUGAGGGAAAGGGUGGCGGGAGUUGCGGGAAAGUUGAUGUACAUAGUGGUGUUAUAGAAGCUGUGCCAAGGAAGUCUAUUGAUACUUUUGGGCAAAGGACUUCAAUUUACCGAGGAGUUACAAGGCAUAGGUGGACGGGGAGAUAUGAAGCUCAUCUUUGGGAUAACAGUUGCAGGAGAGAAGGACAAACGCGCAAGGGAAGACAAGUCUACCUGGGUGGCUAUGACAAGGAAGAAAAGGCAGCAAGGGCUUAUGAUUUGGCUGCACUCAAGUACUGGGGUACUACUACAACAACCAAUUUUCCUAUUAGUAAUUAUGAGAAAGAGUUGGAGGAGAUGAAGCAUAUGACAAGGCAGGAGUAUGUGGCAUCUCUAAGGAGGAAGAGUAGUGGUUUUUCUCGCGGAGCCUCCAUUUACCGUGGUGUAACGAGACACCACCAGCAUGGAAGAUGGCAAGCAAGAAUAGGAAGAGUGGCAGGAAACAAGGACCUCUACCUAGGCACAUUCAGCACACAGGAGGAGGCUGCGGAGGCAUACGACAUCGCCGCCAUCAAAUUCCGGGGCCUUAAUGCUGUGACCAACUUCGACAUGAGUCGCUACGACGUCAAAAGCAUACUCGAAAGCAGCACCCUUCCUAUCGGUGGUGCGGCGAAGCGUCUGAAAGACGUCGGCGACCACUCGGAGUCCAGCAUCGAAGGACAAAGAUCCGAUGAUAGCGGCACUUCCAUUGUUGUCGCCUCUCAUAUCAGAGAGGCUGGUCUGGCUGGCUACCCCUCACAUCAUUAUGGUUGGCCAGCCAUGGCUUUCCAGCAGCAGCAGCAGCAAAAUAUAGGAUUGCACUAUCCUUACGCUGCGGCUGUAAGCCAACAAAGAGGUUGGUGUAAGCCGGAGCCAGAUGUCACCUUAGGCCAUGGUGUGCAUGAUAUGCAACAGGAAAUUCACUUGGGAAGCACGACUCACAAUUUCUUCCAGCCUUCAGGAAUUCAUAGCAUGGUGGGUAUGGAAUCAUCGGUAGAGCAAAGUGGGGGUUCUUCAAGCUCGAUGCUAUAUGGUGGGAGUGGGUAUGUGAUACCUAUGGGCACAAUGAUGAUUGAAGGAGGCCAAGGUGGUGGUGGUGGUGGUGGUAAUGGUGGUGGCUAUGGAGAUAGUGAGGUGAAGAAUAGUCUGGGCUACGAGAAUCUGUUGGGUGCUUCAGAUCCUUAUUGUGGGAGAAAUGUUUACUAUUCGGCUAAUAUGGUGAAGGAGACUGGAUAUGAUCAAGGGGAUGGUUGGAUGGUGAAUUCGGCAAGGCAGGGUGGUGGUAUCAGUAAUUGCCAUGGAGCGCCUCUCUUCACGUUGUGGAAUGAUGCUUAGGCUGAUUAUUAAUUAUAGCUUGUGGUAGUUGGAAGGAAUUAUUAUGGGCUUUUCUUUUGGUUUUAUAAAGUUUAGGUUUUAAUUUGAUUGAAUAUUUUGUGUAGGAGCUUAGCAGAAAAUCAGGGUACGUAUUUGGUUCCUUAUAUUAAAAUUAAACACUAAUGCUAACAUGAGGGUUGUGCUGAAGUGAUGGUGAUAGAUGGAAUAGACUUCAAAACCUUACAUGUAAAAUUUUGGGAAAUGUAAGAAUGUUGGAGAACUAAUUUGAAAUUGAGGAGCUUAAUGAAUUUGAAUACUCCAU